UAUAACUACCAAAACGGCAAAGAAAUCGGAAAGAUUAUUUUUUACUGAUUUUAUAAAUAAUCACCAUCGUAAUUUCUAUUUAACUUUAUUGGAAUUAAGAUGGAAAAAUCGUCACGUUUUUCAGAGUACUUGUUUGCGAAAAUGGCCCCGGCUAGUGGCCCAGAGGCCGGCGAGGGGACGCAGCUCCCGCGUAACACCACGGUGGAUAGUUCAGCGCCCAGGGAGUUGACCGGCAUACGAAAAUGGCUAUCCGAAAAUUUAUUACUCAUUGUUACAUUGUCUGGGGUUUUAAUUGGAGUUAUUCUAGGUUUUGGCCUCAGACCAUUAAAUUUAAGCGCAAAUACAAUAAUGUUAAUGUCUUAUCCUGGUGAAUUAUUUAUGAGAUUAUUAAAAUUGAUGAUAUUACCAUUGGUAAUUGCAAGUUUAAUUGCUGGCUCAGCGAGUUUGAAUGCACGAUUAAAUGGAAGAAUUGCGUUAAGAACAUUAAUUUAUUUCUUUUUAACAUCUUUAUUCAAUGCAAUAUUGGGUGUUGCUUUAGCUGUUAUGAUACAUCCUGGAAAUCCUGGUAUGAAAGAUGCGUUAGGUGAAGGUACUGAAAAUCGUGAAGUUAGUUUAUUGGAUAGUCUACUUGAUUUAGGCAGAAAUAUAUUUCCGGAUAACAUAUUCCAAGCUGCCUUUCAACAGGCCCACACUGUAUACGUACCCAAAAAGAAUAUUUUUCGCAAUGACAGUUUCAAUGAUACAACUUUAGGAAAUACAGAAAAUUUGAUUAUGCCAAUCGAUGAUGGUUUAGAACGAGAAAUUCGAUAUAGAGCUGGUACAAAUACGCUGGGAAUUGUAUUUUUUUGCCUAGUAUUCGGAACAAUAUUAGGUACAUUGGGGCAAAAAGGAAAAGUUGUAAUUGAUUUUUUUACAGCAAUAUUUGAAGUAAUUAUGCGUAUGGUAUCGGGUGUUAUGUGGCUCACACCGUUUGGUAUAAGCAGUGUAAUUGCUGGCAAAAUUUUAGAUGUGGAUGAUCUAGGAUUAGUGAUGUCACAAUUAGCAUGGUUUAUAGCAACCGUUUUAAUUGGGGUCGUAUUUUACCAAUUUAUUAUCAUGCAGUUGAUUUACUUUGUGUUUAUACGAAAAAAUCCAUUUAAAUUUUAUGUAAAAUUGGUUCAGCCAUUAUUGACAGCAUUUGCAACGGCAUCAACAGCUGCCGCACUACCAUUAACAUUUAAGUGUGCAAAUGAAAAACUACGAAUUGAUUCACGCAUCACACGUUUCGUAUUACCUAUCGGUUGUAAUAUAAAUAUGGAUGGUACAGCUUUAUUCGUUGCUAUUGCCUCAAUUUUUAUUGCUCAAAUGAAUGGUAUUUACAUCGGUUUUGGUGAAAUGAUCACUGUUUGUUUGUGUUCAACGGCUGCUUCUUUGUCAUCAGCAAGUGUUCCUAGUGCAGCUUUAGUUUUAUUAUUGAUGGUGCUAACGGCUAUAGAUGCACCAAUUCAAGACGUAUCCUUAUUAUUUGCUGUUGAUUGGUUUGUUGAUCGUUUUCGUACAACAAAUAAUAUGUUAGGUGACUGUUAUGCGGCAGCUGUGGUUGAAUGCUUGUCUAAAAAAGAAUUAAUGGCCUGUGAUGCUGCUGCUUACCAAGUUAGCCAGGAACAUACACCAGUUACUUCAAAUGGUCAUAUAUUAUCUCGUCAUCAAUCCGAUCUCGAAGCAAAUGGAAAGGUGCUUGAUUCUAAUUCUGUGAUUAUAGAUUUACGCCAUGGUAAAAAAUAAUAUAAAAAAGAAACAAAUAAUUUUUAAUUACUAAAAAACAGAUAUAAUAUACAUUAUAACUAUAAUAAUAUACGAUUAAUCAAUAAUUUAUAAUGAUCUUAACUAUAAGGAAUCUAUAUACUACCGAUACUGAAAAAAUCAGAUAUUAUAACCUAUACAUUUACAUUAACCAUUUAUAUAGAACUCAAUGUGAUAUUUUAUCAUCCUAGAUUAAAAACCCUGUCCAUGUUAAUUGUUACCUACUAUAUGCAAGGUGGUUGGAAAAUGUCCAACAAAGACAUUGUUUUUAUAUUUUAAUUAUGUUUUGGUAGGUAAGCAUAAGUAGAGAAUACCCACCUUAAACCUACUAAAAUAUUAACAAUUCAUUUUUACUGCAAAACAUUUAAAUAUAAUUGGAAUCUGGCAUAUUACACUAAAUGUCAGAAGAGGUGAGGCUUUAAUGAUUUAAAAUUCGAUAUCUCAAGCAACAUUAAGUGAUCAUUCCUGGCAUCUAGUGGUAAAAAUGAAAACAACUAUAUGUAUGCAUUUUAAGAAUAUGUUAGUUUCCAUAUAUUGUUUAUGCUUCAUUUAUUUUUUAAUCGAUCUUUUACCGACCACCUGUGUUAUUAUGUGUUUUCUUCAUCAUAAAAGUUUCCAUGGACUUAUAAAAUAUUUUUUCCAACAAAUAUAUUUUAUAUGUCUAUGAUGAAUCAUUUAACCACAUCUCUAUUUAAAAGCAUAU